AUGUUUAGAACUCUGAUAAAAUUAAUAUUAAUAAAUUUCGCUGUAGGAGUUCUAGUGCAAGUGAAAAACGGAAAACUCAAAGGGAUAUCGGGAAAGAGUGUUAAUGGAAGGGAAUAUGCGAGUUUCCAAGGAAUACCUUAUGCCGCACCGCCAACUGGGAAAUAUAGAUUUGUGGAAGCGACCGAAAUGCCACCAUGGACUGGAGUUUGGAAUGCAGACAAGCCCCUGUCUCGGUGUUUGCAGUAUGAUCCAUACACGGGAUCCGUAACAGGAAGUGAAGAUUGCCUAUUUUUGAACGUUUACACACCAUCUUUAAAUAGAUCUGCGAAGUUACCAGUUUUAGUGUUCAUUCAUGGCGGUGCUUUCAUGUUUGGGACCGGGAAUAUUUAUGGUCCUCAAAGAAUAAUGGAUUGGAAUAUGGUGGUUGUUACUAUUAACUAUAGAUUGGGACCUUUAGGAUUCUUAAGUACAGGUGACAAUGUAGUACCUGGUAAUGCUGGGUUAAAAGAUCAGAACCUUGCUUUGAUCUGGGUAAAAAACAAUAUACGCUACUUCGGAGGGAAUCCAGAUAACGUUGUUCUCUUUGGAAACUCUGCCGGUUCUUCGUCUGUUCAUUAUCACCUUUUAUCCCGACGGUCACAUGACAAAUUCCACCGUGGCAUAAUGUCGAGUGGAUCAGCGCUGGCUCCAUGGGCGCAGCAGACGAAGCCAGAAAAAAAUGCCAGAACCUUAGCAGAUCUUGUGGGAUGUCCCUGCGAUAAUAACCAGGAAAUGGUCGAAUGCUUCCGCACCAGACCUGCAGAUGUCAUCGUAAGCGCCCAAGGCGAUAUGCUGGGUUGGCGAGCACAACUAUUCACUCCGUUUACUCCAGUAGUAGAACCGGAGUGUCCUUCUGCAUUUAUUGACACACACCCGUACCUCGGUACACUUGAAGGAUCGUUUAAAAAAGUACCACUUCUUAUAACAACGACAUCCGAGGAGGGACUAUAUCCGGCUGCAUUUUUCCAAUCAAAUGCAACUCUGCUACCAGAACUGGAAGCCAGGUGGACAGAACUAUCGUCAAUUAUCUUCAACUACUAUGAUACAUUACCUAAACGUCGCCGAGAUGAAGUUGCUUCGAAAAUCAAGGAAUUCUAUCUAAACAAUCAAGCUGUUAAUCAAAAAACAUACCAACAAUUAGUAAAGGCGUUAACCGAUCGUAACUUCUACGCAGAUAUAGGAGAAUUUACGCGAUUAUUUGUCUUAAAAAGUACUCAGAAAGCUUACAUGUACCGAUACAGCUUCCGAGGUGAAAAAAGCCUUUCUGACCUGAUUGGAAAAACUAAUGUCAAUUACGGUACCAGCCACUCGGACGAUCUCAUUCGUAUAUUUUUUCUGCCAAACUUUGUUCUUAAUAGGUCCGACGAUAUUGAAAUAAUACAGACUUUAAUUAAAAUUAUUUAUUCGUUUUCAACGACUGGAGUUCCUACUGUAGAUAACUCCCAAUGGAACCCAGUCACUCCAGGACCAGAAAUUAAUCUAUUAGAUAUCUUGGCACCUGACAACAUGAAAAUGUCGCAUUAUGCUAAUUUUGGGAACAAGACAUUUUGGGACAGUCUCGGAUUUAAUGAAAACGAACGAAUUUUACGAUAUUUGAAUUAUUAA